AUCUUUGUUAAAUAUUUAAGCUACAAUUUCUUCUUCACACAUACUCCAGCUUUCUGCUUUCUUUAAAUCCUGUUCGGGGGUUUACGGAAGUUCUGAAGUUCAGUCUUCCUUUUACUGAAAGUUUCUCGGAAAUCUAUUUUCGACGGAAACAAACAGAUUCCUGAUGUUCUCUGCUACUUUUCUGUGGACAAAAUAAACAGGUUUUAGUUUUUUUCAUAAUUCUUUUGCGUCCAUGACUUUAAGUUUGAUAGCCCCACAACAUUAUAUUAACACUAUUUACUGCCCUCAUUUCUCGGCAACAAUGGAGGAGGAAGCUUGUCAUCCUAAAUUAUAAUAAUGCCCUCUUAGGAGCCUAAGUUUGCCUUUUUGUCCUGUUUCUAGCUGGGGCAUUUAUGUUGAUUUCGUGACUUUAUGGAGGUCCCCAUGGAACCCAGUAUUACGAGUCACGAACAUGAUAUAACCGUGAUAUGCUUUUACUCUCUGGUUCAAGAAAUUGGUUGUUGACCAUUUCUUUCAGAUUUCUCUUUUUGCUCUUCUUGAUUAUUACUUUUAUUUACUUUUGUUUGGGUCACUUUCAUUUUGGUUAAUGAAUCUUUUGCUUUUAUGGCUUUAGGCAUUGUGAUGAUAAGAGUAGUUGUUCUUCACGAAGCUAUUUAAUUUGUUCGUGUUCAUCUGCAUUGGAUUCUGUUGUCUAAGCUUCUGAUAUUUUCAAAUCUCUUAUGAGUUGUAGCUAAAGAUAAGUUUCUUUAUAUUCACUUUCUGCUCAGAAGGUUUCUCACUCACAUUAUGCAGACUCCCAAAACAAGAAGUGGCUCUUCAGGAGUCCCACUGAAGGUCUCUUCUCAAGCUGCUCAGAAACUGAAUACAAGUGCAUUAGAGUCUAAGUCUGCAUCUUCAUCAAAUCAAACUUGUAGGACGGCAAAAGAGAGAAGCCCGAAGGUUGUUGAACGCAGGACACCUAGAAGCCCAGUGACUGAGAGGAAGCGACCAAGCAGAAUAUCUGAAUUGGAAUCUCAGAUUUCUCAACUUCAGGAGGAUUUGAAGAAGGCAAAGGAUCAGUUGAGUUCAUCCGAGUCUUGCAAGAAUCAAGCACAGCAAGAUGCAGAGGAUUCCAAGAGGCAAUUGUUGGCUGUGUCUUCAAAGCUAGAUGAAUUCCAGAAGCAGCUUCUAGAGCUAUCUGCAUCUGAGGGAGCUCGCCUUAGUGAGCUUCAGAAGAUAUCACAAGAGCAGGAUCAAUCAUGGCAGUCUGAGCUUGAGGGUGUGCAGAAGCAGCACUUGAUCGACUCAGAUGCCUUGACAUCUGUCUUGAAUGAGAUUCAACAUCUUAAGGCUCAGCUUGAAAUGGUAGCUGAAUCUGAGGAUGCACAGACCAAACACUCAGAAUCUGCACAUGUGGAGCUUCAAAGCUUGAAAGGAAAUCUGAUAGAAACUCUUUCCCUCGUGGAGAACAUGAAAAACCAGCUAAGGGACGGCAAAGAGUCAGAAAUUCAGGCUGAACAAUUGGCCAGUGAAACUCUGGUGCAACUUGGAACUGCUAAAUCAACGGUAGAGGCUCUCAGGUCAGAUGGUAUGAAAGCCAUUGAAGCAUACAACUCCAUUGCUUCAGAAUUAGACCAGUCAAGAGCACGAGUAAACUUGUUAGAAGGGCUUGUUAGCAAACUUGAAGCAGACCAGAAUAAUGCUGGUAGAAACCCUUCUCAAAAUUUUGUGGGUGUUCAUGAUCCAAAACAAGAAAUAGAAGAAAACCGAAAGACCCUGGAAUCAAAGCAUCUUGAAGAUGAGAUUCAUACUUUGAAGUCAGAGGUUGAACGGUUAUGGUGUGCUCUAGAAAUUAGUGAGUCCAACUUCCUUGAAGAACAAAUCCAGAGCACAGUGCAGAUAAAAAGUGCUUAUGAGCUGGUGGAGCAGAUAAAAUCUGGGAUAGGCCUAAGAAUGGCUGAACUGGAAGCCGGGCUGAAUAAAACAAAAUCUGACAUUGAAGAGUUGAAAGCAAACCAAAUAGAUAAGGAAACUGAAUUGCAGGGAAUUUCCGAGGAGAAUGAGGACCUACGUAUGAAACUCAAGAAAACCAUAUCGGGCCAAGGAGAAUCUGAACUGGACAAUGACUUUACGAAACUUAAGAAAGCUGUGUUAGAUUUGAAGGCAAAUUUAAUGGAUAAGGAGACACAACUACAGAAUUUUUCUGAGGAGAAUGAGAUGCUGAAGCUGGAAAUUAGCAAAUGGGAAACGGACAUGCAUAAAGUGAAUACUGAGGUGGAUUCUGAAGUAGCUGCAGCUAGGGCUGCAGAGGAAGAGGCUCUCACGAAGCUUGGGCUUGCGAUGGAGGAGGCAGAUAAGAGUAACAGGAGGACUGCAAGAGUAACUGAGGAGCUUGAGGCAGCACAGGCAGCAAAUUCUGAAGCGGAGGCAGAGUUGAGAAGGCUAAAAGUGCAGUCUGAUCAAUGGAGGAAGGCUGCAGAGGCAGCUGCUGCUCUGCUCUCAGGAGCAAACAAUGGGACAUUUGGCUCAUUUGACAGCAACUAUAACCAUGUCACUGGAAAAAUAAGCCCACCGUUGUCUGAAUAUAUUGAUGAUGAUCUGCUGAAGAAGAAGAAUGGAAACAUGCUUAAGAAAAUCGGAGUGCUGUGGAAGAAACCACAGAAAUAGAAACAACACAGCAUGUAGAACAUGUUCCCUACUUUCUUGUAGUGUUGCAUUACCCUCAAGUUUUCUUUCACCAAUCCUAUCUAAAUGGUCCAUAUUUGCUACUUUUGACAGAUACUUCAAUCCACCCAAACAGCUAAUUUAUUUUGUGAUGAAGUGAAAAUGGGCACUCUGCAAAUAUCCUUAUUAGUAAUCUUGUAACAGUACUUAGCUUAUUGUACUUAUUUCUUGGCCUAGUCAUGGAUGUUUUCUACUGUAGUAGUGCAUAAUGUAUUAAUAUGCAAGAACUGGAGUUUCACA